AUGAGUAGUUUAAUAAAUUAUUCAAAGUUUGAAAAAUUAGAAGUAAGUUCAUCAGAUGAAGAAAGCAGAAAUAGGAAACCUCAAAUAACAACUCUUAAUAACAAUGAUAAAGUGAUGAUAGGCCCAAAUGGUUUAACAAUUUUAAAAAACGCUGAUGAAAAAAAAACAAAUGAAAUAAAUAAAAAUAUCCAGUGUUUGGAAGGUGAAGAAGUUGAUGAUAAAAAUAAAGAAAUAUUAAAAAAAGAAAAUAUUAAUAAUAAAGAUAUUAUGAAAAAUGAAACUAUUUUUAAAAAUAUGGUAAUUAAUGGGGGGGUUAUUCCUUUUAAAUGUAUUUGGAAUCAAUCUAUACAUUACAUUAAUGGAUAUAUAAGUUUGCCAUUACAUAGUAAAGCAAAAUAUUUAGUCGUAGAAAUUUAUGAAGAUAAAUUAAUUGUUAAAAAAAAAAAACUUUCUAAUACAUUAAAUGAUGAAAGUAAAAAAAAAAACGAUUUAAAUAAUUAUGAUAUAUUAAUAGAUAAAUAUUUUUAUUUUAAAAUAAAUAUGAAUGAAGAUACCCAGCUAUGGGAAAUAAAGAAUAUGAAAAUUAAUUGGCAUGAAAUUUUUUAUUUAUCAAAUAAGAUAAAUAAUCAAACUGUGGAAUUUAAUUUUGGAGAAAACACAGUUGAAAAAGAGGAAACCUUUUUAUAUAUUUCUUUGAAAAAAAAAAGUGAAAUUGAGAAUUCAUAUAUAUGGUGGAGAAGUUUAUUUAAAGAUGGAGAAAAAAUAAAUAUUUCUAAUUUACCUGCUAGAAUUUCCAUUAAUAAAAAUAAUAAUAACAUUUCUUUUAAAAAUGUAUGGGAUGAAGCUCAUAAAAUUUUCAAAAAAAAAAUAUCAGAAAAAAAUCCAUAUCCUAUAGAUUCAUAA